GUGCGGGUUCGCGGUGGCCUUGGCGACGGCGGCGCCGGGGGUCUCGAGCCUCCACCCGCCGAGCUGCGUCGCGCGCUCCCGGGGCGGCCCGGCGCGGGCCGGCUGCAACCGCGCCGCGGGCUGGACGAUGCCCAGGAAGCUGCUGCUGCUGCCCGCGCUGCCCGCGUCCUCGGCCCUCCGCGCCCCGCGCGCCCGGCCCGCCGCCCGCCCGGCCAUGAACGCCGCCCGCACCGGCUACCGGGUCUUCUCGGCCAACUCUACGGCCGCCUGCACCGAGCUGGCCAAGCGCAUCACCGAGCGCCUGGGUGCUGAGCUGGGGAAGUCAGUGGUCUACCAGGAGACCAAUGGAGAAACGAGGGUUGAAAUAAAGGAAUCUGUUCGUGGCCAAGAUAUCUUCAUCAUUCAGACGAUCCCCAGGGACGUGAACACGGCGGUGAUGGAGCUGCUGAUCAUGGCGUACGCGCUGAGGACGGCCUGCGCCCGCAACAUCAUCGGCGUCAUCCCCUACUUCCCCUACAGCAAGCAGAGCAAGAUGCGCAAGCGCGGCUCCAUCGUGUGCAAGCUGCUGGCCUCCAUGCUGGCCAAAGCAGGCCUGACUCACAUCAUCACCAUGGACCUGCACCAGAAGGAGAUACAGGGCUUCUUCAGCUUCCCUGUGGACAACCUGCGUGCCUCGCCCUUCCUGCUGCAGUACAUCCAGGAGGAGAUUCCAAAUUACAGAAAUGCCGUCAUUGUCGCUAAAUCUCCAGAUGCUGCAAAGAGGGCUCAGUCCUACGCCGAGCGGCUGCGCCUGGGCCUGGCCGUCAUCCACGGGGAAGCGCAGUGCGCGGAGCUGGACAUGGACGAUGGGCGCCACUCCCCGCCCAUGGUUAAGAACGCCACCGUCCACCCGGGCCUGGAGCUGCCGUUGAUGAUGGCCAAAGAGAAGCCACCGAUUACCGUGGUCGGAGACGUUGGGGGCCGCAUCGCCAUCAUAGUGGAUGACAUCAUCGACGACGUGGAGAGUUUCGUGGCUGCUGCGGAGACCCUGAAGGAGCGAGGCGCCUACAAGAUCUACGUCAUGGCCACGCACGGCAUCCUGUCCGCCGAGGCCCCGCGCCUCAUCGAGGAGUCCUCCAUCGACGAGGUGGUAGUGACGAAUACGGUCCCUCACGAGGUACAGAAGCUGCAGUGUCCGAAGAUAAAGACGGUGGACAUCAGCCUGAUUCUCUCGGAAGCAAUUCGGCGCAUCCACAAUGGGGAGUCCAUGGCGUACCUCUUCCGGAACAUCACCGUGGACGACUGAGCGGCAUGAAUCCGCGGCCUUAACUGUUGCAGGGAGGCAGGGGAGAUCAAGCCUUAACCCUGUCAUGCCCGGCAGGAAGCCAGCAUCUGGCCGGCUCUCCGUCCCUGUCGGUCCCUCCCCAGUCCACUUCCCGCCACUCUUUUCUAAAGAAUUCUAUUUUCCCUGGAGAUGGCGAGCUCCACAGCCCCUGAAAUAGUCGGCCGGUUCACUGUGUGGUUCCAGGAGGGCGGGAAUGAGCCGUGAGCAGAGCCAGGUGUGGCCCAGAG